AAGUUUGACUUUGCAAGAGCGGGCGGGAUAAAGCGCUUAGCCCAGCGGCUGCUCAGUCCAUCAGUCCGUCCCGCUCCCCAUCGCCGCGGCUGCGAGUUGCUUCCGCUGCCCGGAGUCACGUGCAGCUGGGGAUUAAAGCGCCCCGACGGGGCUGUCCCGCGGGGCUGGACCUUCGGGAUGGAGUCUGUCGGCCGAAAGCAAGUCGGCAUCCCUCAAUCGGAGGAGGAACCGCCGCGCUUAGCCGGGACCACGCCCGACGCAGCUAUGGGAGACUCGGCGCAGGAGCAGGGCCUUCUGCUGGCAGCUGCAUAUGUGUAUGAUGCCCAGUACAAUAGGAACAUCCCAUUUGAUACCUCUUCCCAGGCAGUCAGGCUUUACUAUCUCUAUAACCACUGGACGAUGCAAGCAGCUACCUACUUCUUUAUUUUUGUAGACCUCGCACUUGCGCUAUUUGAAGAGCCCGCUGUCUACCCACUUCCUUUCCUGGUAACCUCACUGAUUGAAGUCUUAUGCCUUUUGGUCUUCUUUGGAAGACUCUUUCAUUUUGCGCAAGUCACUCCUCGCAACGUGUUCUGGAAGGAUACAAAGAACAUCUGCAUCAUGAUAACAAUACUGAUGACUUUGGUGGACCUGAUUAUCUAUGGAGCUCUCAGAAUCUCGAGCAUUCGGGGUGUCCGGUGGUCAAGACCUAUGCGGCCCAUCUUUUUAAUAAACUUUGCUGAAAGUCGCCAGAUCCGAAGAACUUUCCGUAGCAUCCGGAACACUCUCCCCGAGAUCACUUAUGUGUUUCUGCUAUUUAUGUUCAGCGUCCUGAUGUUUUCUCUCAUGGCCUUGAAGCUGUUUGGGGACAGAAAUCUGAAGACUGUGGAAGGCUUGCCAUAUUUUUCAAAUUUCCUUGAAAUUGUAUUUGACAUGUAUGUGCUGGUGACCACAGCGAAUAGCCCUGAUGUCAUGAUGCCGGCUUAUGACUUCAGCUGGUGGUACUGCCUGUUUUUCAUAGUCUAUGUUAUAAUCAACACCUACAUCUUCAUGUCUGUCUUCUUGGCUGUUGUGUACAACAAUUACAGAAAACACUUAAAGAACGAGAUCCGCACGCUCGCUUACAUGAAACGCCGCAAGAUGAUAGAAGCCUUCAACCUCUUGAAGGUCAAAGAGGAAGCGGAGUUUGUUGUCCAAGAAGACCGGUGGAAGCGUCUUGUAAAACUGGUGGCCCCCGACAUCAGCACAUCCCAUCGAGAGCUGCUGUUGAGGAUAUCCGACGAGGAACAGAAGGGCUAUGUGGAUAAAAAAUCUUUUGUACGUCUGGCUGAUCUUUUGAAUAUACAAGUGGUCACAGUGAAACUCCACAGCCAUCCCCUGGACAUCUGGUUUCCUCAUGUGUACAACUCUGCUCCUAGCCUCUUCCUACGCAGCAUGGUUCGGCACAAGGGGUUCGUUUGGAUGUAUGAUGUAAUCAUACUGAUCAAUGCUGUCUUCAUUGCUUUGGAUGAGGAGAAUCCAUUUAUUUCCUAUGCAGAGUGGGUGUUCCUGUGUCUGUAUAUAGUUGAGAUCCUUCUGAAAUUGUACACCUAUGAACCCAGGACCUUUUUUGCAAGGAACCAGUUCUGGAACUGGUUUGAUACUUCUAUUAUCAUGGCUGCCCUGACAGCAACUGUACUCAACUCUACUCUUAAAACAGUGACAGUGUACAACAGCCAACAAAUUUUGGACAUUGUGUUUAUCCUGAGAGUUCUUCGGCUCAUAAGAAUUAUCGACAGUAUACAAAGGUUUCGGGUCAUAAUGAAUAUCCUAAUAAACAUUGUACCUACCAUGCUGACCUUUGGUGGGCUGGCUCUGGUGGUGUAUUACAUGUUUUCCAUAGUUGGGAUGGAAAUCUUCCGCGGGAAGGUCCAGUUCUUUGCCGGCAACAGCACUGCGCAACAUGCACUGUACUGCGGAAAUCCUGCUCUGAAAGACACUAUGUUCGCUCGAGCCAGAUAUUGCAAGAACAACUUCAAUGACAUUGCAUCGUCUUUCAUUGUCCUAAUGGAAUUAACUGUGGUCAACCAGUGGCAUGUCCUUGCCAGUGGAUUUGCCCUCGUGACUCAUGAGGCGGCGAAGCUGUACUUUAUCGCUUUCCAUAUUGUUGUGGUUAUUAUGAUUAUUAACAUAUUUGUAGCAUUUAUUCUGGAAGCAUUCUUUGUGGAGUAUUCUCUUGAAAAGAGUGAAGUGGAAACUGCCAUUGAGAAGAAAAUCCAAGAUCUUGGUGUAGGCAUUCAGGAAGAUGAGCUACUAGACGGUCAGCUAAUAGACAACAUGGAAACAAGUGAAAAUGUGCUUGAAAGUGAAGAGGAGACAGCAGCAAAGAAGAAACCUAAAGGACUGAUGUUUAAAAUUGCUUCCAAAAGAUACAGGACUGUGGAUGCUUUACUCCAGCGUAUGUUUGAAGCAGAGAUACCUCCUGAAGAAGAAGGUCCUUCACUGGAACAGAUCUUGAACUUUUCACCAGAUGACACUUACUUGAAGAACCCUACCUUCGACAGUGCUGCCUAAUAUGGAAAAUGCAUGGAAAUAACUAGAAAAGUUUUGGAAGCAAUAGCCUCCUUUUGCAGACCUCUUUGCGGCUCAUGAGCCACCCCCUUCAAAGCUGCCAGAGGCCCAUCUACCACUUGCAGCUAAGAGGUAUUGGUGCGCUGCAAUCUCCUCCCUUCCAACGAAUCAAGCAUUGCAUAGUGAUUUUUUUUAAAAUGUGUAUAAAUCAUGAAAAGCACAGUAUUUUUUAUAAAGGGAAAAGCACAUUGAAAGUGCCUAAAAUACCUUACUCUCUCCAAAGAUACUUAGCAUGCUACUUAACACAUAGCAUUAAAACUUGUGUAAAAUUCUAAUAAUAAACUCUGUAACCUGUUUUGUUACAGUGAAGCUUGUUUUGGAUGCAUGAUCAGCCACUACGGGGUAAACCAAUAAAAAUUAUAAAAGACAA